CAACCAGAAGCGGAGCGGGGAGCAGUCGAAGGAUUCAUCGAGUCCAGGUCGACGAGGUCUUUCAAGAUAUUUGCUCUUCCUCAAGUCAUAUCAGGUACACAAAGCUUCAACCCAUUGGGACUCCCUUCAAGAUGACCUGGACUGUGAUUUUGUUGCUCCUUUUCGGCUUCUGGGUGUCUUCGAAUUUCUACAGCCUGUUCAGGAACUACCUCACCGCACGCAAGACAGGCUUGCCGAUACUAAUCUGCCCGAUCAACCAGUACAAUCCGGUGUGGAUGGUUUCUAGUGUACCCCUCAAUCCACUGUACAAGAGGCUCCUCCCAUCAUGGAUCUAUGAAGGCAUCGAUGUCGCCUCCUAUGGCUUUGAAUUCCGUGUGAAGGGAUCCAUCUUCAAGAAAUAUGGCCCGGCUUUUAUUCUCGUCACGCCAGGCGGCAACGAGUUGAGCACCAUCGACCCAGAGUUGAUUACCGAAGCAUUGAAACGCCCGAAAGAUUUCCCUAACACGGACAUGGGAGAGGUCAUCAUGAACGUCUUCGGACCCAACCUUCUCACCAGCAACGGGGAGCCAUGGUCACGCCAACGCAAACUCAUUGCUCCCAACAUCAACGAGAAGAUCAGCAAGCUAGUGUUCAGUGAGUCCUGCCGGCAGGCUCGCGAAAUGCUCGGCUCGUACAUGGACGAUUUCAAAGGCGUAACAAACGAUUCAAUGCAAGGAAUGAAGACCAUUGCCAUCAAUGUUCUGGGCGCGGCUGGAUUUGGCAUAUCAAGGCCGUGGAAGGAACAGGAGGCAUCGCGUCCUGAAGGGCGCCGCUUCACCUAUAUGGAAGCCACCAAAAUCGUCGUCGAGAAUAUCCUCGCAGCCGUAUUCCCGACGAAGCUACUCACGCUACGCGUCCUCCCCAAAUCGUGGCAAGAUAUCGGGCGCGCAAAGAACGAGUUUCCUCCACUCACAAAGGAGAUGCUCGAGCAUGAACGCAAGCUGCAGACCACCACCAGUGAGCCUCGGAGUAAUUUGAUGAGCACGCUCGUCCGGCUAUCUGAUACCGGCGACGCAAAAUCCUCCCAGUACCUUAGUGAAGAAGAGAUGCUGGGCAACCUGUUCAUUUUCACAGCCGCGGGCUUUGAUACCACAGCUAACACAAUGGCAUAUGCCCUUGCCCUCCUCGCCACUUACCCCAAGUGGCAAGACUGGCUGUACGAAGAGAUCUCGACCGUGGUCGGUGACAAGCCCAUAGAAGACCUUGAAUACUCGGGGAUCUUCCCACGGCUACCACGCUGUCUGGCGUUGAUGUUCGAAACAGUGCGCCUCUUCCCACCACUAGUUCACAUCGCCAAGCAAGUCAACAAGACGCAUGACGUGACCGUCACGACCUCGUUGGGCACAUAUGUACUCCCCAAGCGAACUUCCGUCUAUAUCAGCUCAGUCGCGCUGCACCGCAACCCCCAAACCUACGGCGACGACGCUGACCAGUUCCGUCCAGACCGGUGGCUCAUUGAUCCUACACUGUCGCCGGACUCGCCGUUAUCCACCAUCGCAAACGUAAAGACUAUGCCUAAGGGCACCUUUGUGCCGUGGUCUGCAGGACCCAGAGCCUGUCCAGGAAUGAAGAUGAGCCAGGUCGAGUUCGUGAGCGUCUUCAUGACGAUUUUUGAAACGCACAGAUGUGAAGCCGUCCGAUUGCGGAAUGAUGAGACGGACGAGCAGGUUAAGAGCAGAUUCGACGCCGUUAUGGAGGACAGCGGGCCGAGGCUGACAUUGCAGAUGAACAGAGGUCAGGACCUCAAGAUCAAGUGGAUCAAGCGAAGAAGAAGCAACGGCUCUCAACGGCUUUGAUGCAAGCAGGGGCGGCCAGUUGAGAGCACUGACUUUGCCAUUUGUUGUAUUUCCAAAGAGAUGGCGCUAGCAGUUUCGACCCCGACAGCUAGCAUAUUUUCGUACCACCGCGAAUUGAAAGCCUGGUAAUCGGGGCUCUUCCAACCAUCAAAGACAGAUUUGGCUCUCAAAGUUCAAGGGAACACAUUGCAGUCAGUAACUGCAACCAACAUGAAGAAUAUGACAUGUCUAGCAAUGGCACGACCUCUCGACACAAUCUCUCAUCAGCUUUCUAAUCACAUCACAUGACGAAAAAGGGGCAUGCUCGGAUCAACUUGCUUCCGAUUUUGUCAUCUUACUGCUUUCGAAAUCUCAACCUCGGAGAAAUAUAC